AUGGCGACAAUAAAUGAUCAUCGGCCACCACCGCCUGUACGUGUUGAUUCAAUCACAGGUUCAACAUCAAGUCUUGAAACAAAACCUCUUCCUCGUCUUCCAGAUGAUGAAUUCAAUAAAAAGAAAAAAACUAAUAGUAAAGAUUGGUCAAAAAAAGAUCCAGCUAAAUUAACUAUUUCUCGUCCAACAAAUUUUAAUCAUCCUAUACAUGUUACAUAUAAUCCAUCAACAGGUGAAUUUGAUGGUAUGCCUGAUAUUUGGUCUACUUUAUUACAAAGUUCUAAAAUAACAAAACAAGAACAAAAACAAAAUCCUCAAGCUGUUAUUCAUGCAUUAGAUUUUUAUCAACAUGCUGCACAUAAACGAGAAUCAAAAUUUAUGUAUUCAUCUUAUAAAAAUUUAACACCACCAAUAUCGGCUGAUCUAGCUGAUCGAUUUCGGCAAACAGUUAUUCUUGUAUCAGAUAGAUCAUCGCCAUUACAAGGACAAUCUUCAGUUCGUUAUGAUAAUGAUCAAAUACCACCACCCAUCGCAGCAAGACCAGAAAAAACGAAAAGCAUUUAUACGAAACCAAUUGAUGAUGAUAAUAAUAAUAAAUCAACAACAACAACAAAUGGAGAUAAAUGUAAACGAAAACAACUAAGUGAUGAAGAAAUCUUUGCUAAAUUACGAUUAAUUGUUUCACAUGGUGAUCCAAUUAGAAAAUAUAAGAAUAGAGAUAAAAUUGGACAAGGUGCAAGUGGAACAGUACUAUUAGCUUAUGAAGUAGCAACAGGCGAAGAAGUUGCCAUUAAACAAAUGAAUUUAGCUAAUCAACCUAAAAAAGAAUUAAUUAUCAAUGAAAUUGCUGUUAUGAAACAUAAUAGACAUAUAAAUAUUGUUAAUUAUAAAGAUUCAUAUUUAGUCGAAGACGAACUUUGGGUUGUUAUGGAAUAUCUUCCAGGUGGAUCAUUAACAGAUGUUGUUACGGAAACAAUUAUGGAAGAAGGUCAUAUAGCAGCUGUAUGUCGUGAAGUUUUACAAGCUCUUGAAUUUCUUCAUAAAAAUCAUGUUAUUCAUCGAGAUAUUAAAAGUGAUAAUAUUCUAUUAGGAACUGAAGGAAAUGUCAAAUUAACUGAUUUUGGAUUUUGUGCACAAAUUACUCAAGAUCAAACAAAACGGCAAACGAUGGUUGGAACACCUUAUUGGAUGGCACCAGAAGUAGUUACUAGAAAACAGUAUGGCCCAAAAGUAGAUAUUUGGAGUUUGGGUAUUAUGGCAAUUGAAAUGAUUGAAGGAGAACCACCGUAUCUUAAUGAAAGUCCAUUAAGAGCACUUUAUCUUAUUGCAACGAAUGGCAAACCAGAAAUAGUUGGUCGUGAAAAACUUUCACCUUUAUUUGAAGAUUUUCUUGAUCAAUGUCUUGAAGUUGAUGUUGAUAAACGUGCAAAUGCAUCACAACUUCUUCAACAUCCAUUUUUAAAAAUGGCAAAACCAUUAUUAAGUCUUGUACCUUUAAUAAAUGCAGCGCGAGAAAGUAUAAAACGUAAUACAUAA